CGUCGGUCCGUGCCCAUUCAAUCCGUGAACGUCGGACCAUCCGGACGUGUUGUGUGUGAGCGCGCGCGCGUGUGUGUGUGCUUGUUUGUGUGUGUGUGUGUGCCAGCCCGUGGACGCCUGUUGGAAACCUUUGGGAUCGGACUCGAAGAUUCAAACGUAAAAGACCCCGGCCCCGGCUCGAAAUCGCCAAACUCGGUGCUAAUUUGCACUCCGCCCGCCCGGAGCACGGCGGUGCCGGCGGAGGCGAGAUUAUUUCGUGCGCGACCAGCUUCUUCAUUCCAGCUCCGGUUCGUUCGAAAUUUGCUGAAUAGCAUGAUUCAUGCGCUGCUCCCCUACCAGUAACUGUACGUCCGUGUACGAUCGGUGUGUGCGUGCAUGCGUGUGUGAGUGUGUUUGUGCUUUGUGUUUCCAGAAGUAAAGUGUCAAGCAAAAGCCCUGCGCCAACAGGGAAAAAGAAAAACAUCCUUUCUGGGCCUACGACCUACACCUGGGCCGGUUCUGGCUGAUCGAAGUACUGCUGAAGCGAAGGUCCCUCGUGACCGUAGCUGUGAGUGCCAUUCAGCGACGGCGAGUAGGGGUACCAUCUCUGAGCUGGUGGAGUGGUGUGGCUGCAAGCAAUCUUCAAGCACCAGAAUACAUCGCACCAGUGAACCGACCUCUUUGGACGAUCCUUCGUCAGCAUGACGUCUCCACUACCACUGCUGCGCUCGUUUUCGACCGAAAACCAGAACCGUGACUGGAGCAAGCGGUUUUCCUUACGCAUCAAGCAGAAAAGCAGCAACGAUGGCAAACUGGACUUUGCCUCGUUGCGCAAGAAUAAGUUCGCACGCCGCUGCUCGUCCCUUCGCCAGCAGCCCACCGAGCAGACCACCUCGAGCGUCACGCUCGAGCUGGAGUCGGCCUCGCCGGCACAUUCCAUGACCAUUCACGAGAACAGCUCGCCGAAGAAGCCGAAGUGGGAGGUCAUCGAACACUUCAAAUCGAACGUCCGGGGACAGGAGUCGAUCAGCAGCAGUCUCAUAGCGGCCGGUGUGACAGCGUUCAACCUGGACGAUACCACCUCUAACUACUCCGGCACACCAUCGAUAAGGAAGAAAAGCUUCCAGAUCUACAGCGGUGCAGCAGCCCAGGAAGAGCUGGAACCGCUCAACAACCUGAACAUCAACAACGCGGCCGAGGGCGUGUUCGAUACAUCCCGCUGCUGGAACACGGUCAAAUGUUUGUUCAACGGUGUCAUCUGUUCGCACAAGUUUAAAAAUGUCCAGGUCGAAAUGCUGUACCAGCGGUACUUUCUUCGCAUGAAUCAAAGCAAUGCGGUUCACAUCGUGUGGCUUCUGUUAGGAUUAAUAUUUAUCUUAGCGCUAAUACAUCUAGUGUUUACGUUCAUCCUGCAGCAGUCGCUGGAGAGCUGCUACGAGUCACCGCUGGAUGGUGUGCCCGGCGGUAUCGGUCAAGAUGCCCAGAUCAACGGUAGUACGCUGGCAGCGAUUGCAUUCGGCAAUGGUAGCAACUACGACGACCCGCUCGGGAGUAACCGUACGGAGGAGGUGGAACCACCGGAUCGGCCGCAUCAACAACCGAAGAGAGCCCAACUGGAGAGCCGCAACGAAGAGCAGGGAGCGACGGAAGCCCACCGGCAGAGCGGUUACCGGGGCAACGAAAAGGACGACCCGGGAGGUUUCAGCGAAGGCCAGAACGGGGGUGUGCGUUUGCAAAGGACCAGAAGACGCUGGGACGCUGAAUCUGGUACCGUCGUCGUGCUACCUGUUGCUGACGAGGACGACGGGUUCGGUUGGCGUUCGGGGGGCGGCCGAGCAAAGCGAUGGACACGGGGGCAUGCAAAUCAUAGAAACAACGUGGACGUUGCAGUAAGCGCCGCUGACAGCGUGCCGCCCAGCCAGGACAACGAGCUACAUCGACAGGACAAUGAUGAACGGAGGCGGAAGUACGGCACGGCCGCGGAAGCCCGCGAGCUGGACGCCGGAAGUGAAGCGUACGGGACGGCGAGCAGCACCAGCAGCAGCAGCAGCAUCGUCACCACCCCAACGGCCAUGCCUCAGCCGGCCAACGUCAGCAGCGAUUACUCGGAGGACGGUGACAUUCCGCUGUGCAAUCGCGACUACUUUACGCUGCUAAAGGACAACAUGACCCAGAUCAUCGUGCUGGGUGUGUGCGCGACCGUGUACGCGCUGCUGCUGAUGUGCCUGUACAAGCAGCGCAUCAACGAGAUCUACCUGUUCCAGGUGUCGUACGUCAUCAUGGUGACGCUGCUCGUGCUGGACGUCUGCUUCAGCUUUACCACCUCCGCCAAAAAGUUCACCUCUUCCGGCGGGUGCACGGUGAUUGCCAUCUACAUCAUCUACACGAUGCUACCGAUACGCCUGCGGGAAGCGGUCGUCGGUGGUAGCCUGCUGUCCAUCUCGCACAUCGCGCUCAUGUUCUACAUGAACGAGUCCGACGAUAUGGAUGUGCUGUACUGCGAUCUGAUCACGCUGGCCUGCACGAACGCGACCGGCAUACUGCUGCACUGGCCGAAGGAAAAGUCCCAGCGGAAAGCGUUCAUGGAGACGCGGCAGUGCGUCGAGGCGCGGCUCAAGAUACAGCGCGAAAACCAGAAGCAGGAGCAGCUACUGCUGUCCGUGCUGCCGCGCCACGUCGCGAUGGAGAUGAAGAACGACAUUGCGGGGCAGCCGCGGGAAGCCCAGUUCCACAAGAUCUACAUCCAGCGGCACGAGAACGUGAGCAUACUGUUCGCGGACAUCUGCGGGUUUACCAGCCUGAGCGACCAGUGCACGGCGGAGGAGCUAGUGCGGCUGCUGAACGAGCUGUUCGCCCGGUUCGAUCGGCUCGCCCAGGAGCAUCACUGUUUGCGCAUCAAGCUGCUCGGUGACUGUUACUACUGCGUGUCGGGACUGCCCGAAGCGCGGCCCGACCAUGCCCUGUGUGCGGUCGAGAUGGGCCUGGACAUGAUCGAUGCGAUUGCGCUGGUGCGCGAGGUGAUGGCGGUCAAUGUGAACAUGCGCGUCGGCAUCCACACCGGGCGGGUGCACUGUGGCGUGCUCGGGCUGCGCAAGUGGCAGUUUGACGUGUGGUCGAACGAUGUGACGCUGGCCAACUACAUGGAGAGUGGCGGUGUGCCGGGCCGGGUACACAUUACCAAGGAGACGCUGCGCUGCCUGGGCGACCAUUACGAUGUGGAGGAGGGCCGUGGUGCCGAUCGGAACAGCUACCUGAAGGAUCAUCAGAUACAGACGUAUCUGAUCGUGCCGAAGGAUGCAUCCUACCGCCCGCACACAAUGUCCAAACAGUCCUCGUCGGUAAAUGGGAACAUCUCGAAGGAGCUGCGCAUGAUGGGCCACUGGUCGAAGAUGGGGUUCAAUGACAAAACCGAGCCAAAAAGCACCGAGGAGGAGGUGAACGAGUAUCUGAUCAAGGCGAUCGAUGCCCGCAGCAUCGACCGGCUGCGGCUCGACCACUGCAAGCGCUUCCAUCUGACGUUCAUCAAGGACGAGAUCGAGCGCAAGUACUGUCUCGAGCCGGAUCCGAUGCUGAACGUGUACUUCUACUGCAGCAUCAUCAUCUUCCUGGGCAUCAUGUCGAUACAGGUGCUGGUGUUUUCCAUGGAUCACUACAGCUACUGGGUGUACGGGAUCCUGUCUCUGACACUGCUAGUGUCCUGCGUUCCCGUCUUUACCCGGGAAGAUAUGAAAGUUUCCACCUUCUUUCGUGCAUUGUCACAAAAAAUUCACGGCCACCGUGAGAUAGCUCAAGUGAUAUCGCUCUGCGUCGUCAUUACUGUGAUAUGUUUAUCUUACUACAAACUGACUUUAAUUUUCUAUCUUUCCCUUUACGACGAGUUCCCGCUCGUGCGGCCUAGUAAUUGUAAGGAGUCUAAAAUUAUCAACAUUCUGCUAUUGCUUACCCUGCUUGCCUUACUGACCUGUGCGGUGCAUCAGUUUAUUAAAAUUCUCUUCAAAAUCUUGCUGCUUAUCGUCAUACUCGUGCUGUACAUUGCGUCCAUCAUCGUGCUGGCGCUGAUCUUCGAGCGGCACUGCGAACCAUGGUUUCUCACGACGGAACGGUUUCUGAUCGACGUCGCGUUUCUGGUCGUGUUCGUGAUCGGCCAAAUCAUGCACAGCCAGCAGACGGAGAUAACGCGCCGGCUCGACUUUAUCUGGAAGCUGCAGGCGACGGAAGAGAAGGAAGACAUGGAGCAUCUACAAGCGUACAACCGGAAGCUGCUGGCCAACAUUCUGCCCGUGCACGUGGCCGACCACUUUCUGAUGCGUGAGAAAAACAUCGAGGAAAUCUACCACGAACAGUGCGACACGGUGUGCGUAAUGUUCGCGUCGAUACCGAACUUUUCCGAGUUCUACAUCGAGCUGGAAGGCAACAACGAGGGGGUCGAGUGUUUGCGCCUGCUCAACGAAAUCAUCGUCGACUUUGACGAGCUGCUCGGGCUGGAGCGGUUCCGGUACGUGGAGAAAAUCAAAACGACCGGCUCCACGUACAUGGCCGCGUCCGGGCUGACCGCGAACAGCUGCGACAAGAACGACUUCCAGCACGUGUUCGCGAUGAUGGACUACGCGCUCGAGCUGUUCCAGAAGAUCACGGACGUCAACGAGCAUUCCUUCAACAACUUCCGGAUGCGUAUCGGCAUCAACAUCGGCCCGGUAGUGGCCGGGGUGAUUGGCACCCGGAAACCACAGUACGACAUCUGGGGCAAUGCGGUCAACGUCGCGUCGCGGAUGGACUCGACUGGCCUGAUGGACCACAUCCAGGUGACGGAGGACGUGUACCAGAUAGUGAAGGACAAGGGCUACAACCUGACGUGCCGUGGGACGGUCAACGUGAAGGGCAAGGGUACCAUGAUCACCUACCUGAUGCCGGGACUGGCGAAGGAACCUAGUAACUAGGGGGGGCCGAAUACGUCUUGUUAGGCGUUAAAAUGGGAGGGUUUUCUGUUGUUGUUGUUGUUGCUGUAAGUUUCCCUAUUCUAUCCUCGAGCACAUUGGGCACCGUGUUUCAAGCAUUUGAACAGUACAUAUCAACACAAAGCUCUGUUUGGAGAUAGAAAGAGAGCGAACCACACAUUGUUCUCCUGUGUGUUUAGUAAAUGUUCCUAUGUUACUUUGCUGAGCAUAGGUUGAUCCUGUUUUGCUGAGAUGCGAGUUGAGGGUAGUCGAAAUGAUAUGGAUCGUACAGUAUAGGGUUAGUGUAGCGAUUUCGAGCACCUUUACACCUCCCCGUAGAUCCGCAGGCCUUCGAACGUGACAUCGAACUUUGACCAGUCAACCGAGAGAAUGGUUGCAUUGUGUGCGAAAUGGCAAUCUCAUUCCAAGUUUUUUUUCUCCAAAUCCUUUCGAUCUUAUUCUUUCCCAAUAAAUGCUGAAAGAAUCGGUUUUAUUGCUUUCAAAUUCGUGGCGCCAGAUAUGCCCCUCCUUUAAAAACAAAAUUAGAAUGUGUCAUAGCACAAAGAAACAAAGACAAAGACCUAUAUCCAAUCUACCUUGUGGCAAAGUGAAACAAUCGAAUCGUUAUCAGUAUUAUAUACAAGUGUACAAGUAGAACAUUCACGCCAAGCAGCUUGGCGUUCACUCAGCUGCUUCUAAGUGAUCGUAUAGAUACAGCAACAGAUUUGUUUGCGGUGCAGUUGGACAAUGUUAGCUAAUGAAAUUGUCCUUUUAAAGCGUUUUUUUUUUUAAUUUGAUUUCCUUUUCAAUUAUUCGUGUUCGCCCUCGGACACCCACACUGAAACAGGCGUUGAGAGAAAGACUAAUGUUGGAUACCACUCGGUAAUGUCUGUAUAAAUGCGCAUGGAACGGAAUCGAACGAGCAGCAGCAGAGCAACUUAGAGUAGUCAAUUAACCACUAUCUUGACCAAAUCUGCAGCAGAGCAGCGAGUUGUCGAACAGAGAAGCCGCCCGGUAAAGCAACUGAACAGGCAUGAGCAGAUGAGAAGAUAUAUUUUUUGAACCAUGUUUAACCAAGCUCACUAGCAUUUAGUUGAUUUGAUUUAAGCUCCCGAGCACCCCUACAAUACGAUCCCCCUUCUCCCCGAAAAGACCAACACCCGAUCUCUCGAUCUCUCACGAUCUGCUUUCCACCGUAGCAAAAGUAGCAAGUAUGUAUGUCUGUAUGUGUGUAUGUAUUUUCUCCAAAUCUUACUACGGUGCAUGCAUGUAACUUGACCAAGGAAAACAUAACAUAUAAAAAACAAAACACAACAGGAAGCGGUAAAACCGUCUGCCUCUCUUGCUGUCACAAAACGAACGCUUUUACAACCGCGCCUAAAUGUUUGUAAAGUGAAACAUGUUCCCGUGCGUACGCGUGCGCACGCCGCCAUGCCGUUUAUCAUUGCGCCGGGGACCGUGCGGCGUUACCACGUGUGGGUUAACGUGAUAUGCCACAAACACUCACCACGAUGCAACGGUAUAGUGAGAACCAUUAUCAAUAUAUGCAUAUAUUAAUACUUUGUGAGCUAGUAGAGUCGGGGACGGGAAAUGGGGAAUGAACCAUGGCGGAGUAAGGUAAGAGAACUACGGGAUAACUAUAGGAGCAAAACUAUACAACACGAAACGAAAGGAAAUUGUAUUACUGUUUAAGAGUGGGAAACCAAAGAUGUUAAAAAUCUCUGAAUGGAAUUUAAUUCGAUGAUACACAACCACAAAUACACUCACAAUCUCACACACACACACAUAAACACAAAGAUAAACACAAAUGAUAAACCUAAACUAAUGCUUUGUUGGAAACUAAGCGGAACGAAAUAAAACAGAUACACGUUAAAGAUGUAUUAUGCGA